AUGGCUCCCAACCCGUUGUGCCUUGUAUGGCGCGAGCAGAUCAUAGACAAUCUUCGUCUGAUAUCAGGUCGCAGUGCUGUCAUUGACAUUUACACCUCUCGCCAGCCUAACAAGUCAUACACCAUCUACGCUGUCAAGGUCCACCGGGGUAAACGCCAGGAGAUUCUUUCAGCAACAGGCCGCGAUCUGGAAGAUGCCUUUGAGAACCUCCACACCAAGUCCUCUCAGGAGGUGUAUCAGUUCAUCGAAGCUAACGGUUUCGCCUUCCCUCGAGGUGUGAGAUCGGAAGACUCUGAAAGCUCCGGCAGUGAAGCUUCAACCAUGGACGCCUCUGAUGUGCUCUCUCUGUCUGCGGGUUCUGACAGCGACAACGACGGCAUCAUGUCCAGGAGGGGUAAGAAGACGAAGUCAUCCCGCCGCAAGAGCAAGCAAAAAUCCCGCAAGCACACCAAGGACGACUCCUCUUCCUCCUCCGAAGAGGAAGACGUCGAUUCGGAACCAGAACUAACCAAGCGUACGCGCCGCCCGGCCCCUGGACAACGACCGUCAUACAUCCCCGCGCCCCCCAUGGCCGCGAUAUCGCAACCUCCCCCUCCCCCUCCAGGCUGGACCGGCCACCGUCCGCGCACCUUCCCCCGCGCACCAGACGGUGUACCACCGCCGCCCCCACGGGGGAGCUUCCCACCUGGCAUGCGGCUCCCAUCACCACCUCAAGGUAUGGUUCCCGCAGCGGUGACCACCGCCGUGGUUCCGGCAAUCCCCACUGCCCCCUCGAAGCCCGUCCGCCUCAUCAUCAAUUGGAGAGGCCACGGAGAGAAAAGGAUUGUCGAGAACUGCCAGGCGAGCCACCGGGUCCUGCAGAGGACGGCACUCGCCCACGUGCGGUCGCAGUGGCAGACGUUUGACAACGUGCUCGCCCAGGAGAUGACGCCGGGAAGGCUCUGGGGGCUGGGUGCCAAGGUUCGCAAGGUGGCGCUGGGCAAGGACAUGUACUCCAUCUCGGCUGCCGGCGGGGACGACCUGGGUAUGUACUUCAAGGCGGAGGAUAUUCCCAUGUUUGAGGUUGAGGUCGAUCACGAUGGCAGUAUUAUGCCGCCCCCACCGCCCCCUCAACAUCACCACGGUCAGCGUUGA